AUGAAGGCGCUGGGCGAGGUGGUGAAGGCACUGGAGAAAGUGGAGGAGUCGCGCAUCGCAGCCCUGGAGCUGCAGCUGCGCGUGGAGCGCCACCGGCACGGGCGGAGCCUCGCCCCGGUCGCCGUUGCUCACAAGUCGACGGGGGUCACGCCGGCCCUGCUGGGCAUCGUCGACGGGGCCUCGGACCAGCCUGGCCUCGCCCGGGCCCUGCCGGCCCUCAGCCGGGCGACGCCUUCUAGGCCAGGGCAGGCUCCGCCGGGGCCCGACAACCAGGCCUCGCCUUCUAGGCCAGGGCAGGCUCCGCCGGGCCCCGACAACCAGGCCUCGCCUUCUAGGCCAGGGCAGGCUCCGCCGGGCCCAGACAACCAGGCCUCGCCUUCUAGGCCAGGGCAGGCUCCGCCGGGCCCAGGCAGCCAGGCCUCGCCUUCUAGGCCAGGGCAGGCUCCGCCGGGCCCCGACAACCAGGCCUCGCCUUCUAGGCUAGGGCAGGCUUCGCCGGGCCCGGGCCGGGCCUCCGCGAGUCCGCAGCGGGCGCCCUCGGCGCGGAGCGCUAUCGAUCGGUCCCAAACGGGUCGGGGCCAGGCGUCAGCGAGUCAGGGCGAGGCCCGGGGCGGUCCCAGCCCAGGCUCGCCGGGCACCACGGAGCCGGCGUUGGCCUCGUUCGGGGACGGGGCCCCCGAUGGGACCGACUGCGGGCGGUCUAAAGUCGGCCGGGAGCAGGGGACGCUGGAGUCCGUGCCGGGCCCGGCUUGGGCUGGGCCAGACGAGACCUCGUGCGUGAGCGCCCUGGAGCAGGCCUGGCCCGGCCGAGGGCGCCCUCUGCCGGCCCCGAGCAACGCCUUCGCCCUCGCCGGCGGCUGGGAGCGGUCGGGGCGUGGCCUGGACGCUGGAGGAGCUCCCCGGCGGUCCGUCGCCACGACGACUGGUCCAGAGCAGGCCUCGUCCGUGACCUGCCUCGACCUGGGCCCAGUUCAGGCUUCUUUGGUUAGGUCAGAUCAGGCUGCUCUAGCUAGGCCCGACCAGGCCUCAGCCAUGUCCUGGCCCGACCUGGGCCCUGCUCAGGCUUCUUUUGCUAGGCCAGUUCAGGCUUCUCCAGCUAGGCCAGACCAGGCCUCAGCCAUGACCUGGCCCGACCUGGGCCCUGCUCAGGCUUCUUUUGCUAGGCCAGUUCAGGCUUCUCCAGCUAGGCCAGACCAGACCUCAGCCAUGACCUGGCCCGACCUAGGCCUAGCUCAGGCUUCUCCAGCUAGGCCGGACAAGGCCUCAGCCAUGACCUGGCCUGACCUAGGCCCUGUUCAGGCUUCUCCAGCUAGGCCCGACCAGGCCUCAGCCAUGACCUGGUCCGAGCUGGGCCCAGUUCAGGCUUCUUUGGCUAGGCCAGAACAGGCCUCAACCAUGACCUGCCUCGACCUGGGCCCAGUUCAGGCUUCUCCAGCUAUGCCAGACCAGGCCUCGUCCAUUACCUGCCUCGACCUGGGCCCAGUUCAGGCUUCUCCAGCUAGGCCCGACCAGGCCUCAACCAUGACCUGGCCCGACCUAGGCCCAGUUCAGGCUUCUCCAGCUAGGCCCGACCAGGCCUCAGCCAUGACCUGGGCCGACCUGGGCCCAGUUCAGGCUUCUCCAGCUAGGCCAGUUCAGGCUUCUCCAGCUAGGCCAGAACAGGCCUCGUCAAUUACCUGCCUCGACCUUGGCCCAGUUCAGGCUUCUCCAGCUAGGCCAGAACAGGCCUCAACCAUGACCUGGCCCGACCUAAGCCCAGUUCAGGCUUCUCCAGCUAGGCCCGACCAGGCCUCAACCAUGACCUGGCCCGACCUAGGCCCAGUUCAGGCUUCUUCGGCUAGGCCAGUUCAGGCUUCUUUGGCUAGGCCAGACCAGGCCUCGUCCAUUACCUGCCUCGACCUGGGCCCAGUUCAGGCUUCUUUGGCUAGGCCCGACCAGGCCUCAACCAUGACCUGGCCCGACCUAGGCCCAGUUCAAGCUUCUCCAGCUAGGCCCGACCAGGCCUCAGCCAUGACCUGGCCCGACCUGGGCCCAGUUCAGGCUUCUCCAGCUAGGCCAGUUCAGGCUUCUCCAGCUAGGCCAGAACAGGCCUCGUCAAUUACCUGCCUCGACCUGGGCCCAGUUCAGGCUUCUCCGGCUAGGCCCGACCAGGCCUCAACCAUGACCUGCCUCGACCUGGGCCCAGUUCAGGCUUCUCCAGCUAGGCCCGACCAGGCCUCGUCCGCCCCCGUCUGGCGCCCCAGCGACACGGCGGUGCCUAUUCUGGAGUCCCCGUCACCAAACGGCGGUGAUGGCACAGCCGCGGCUCCACAGACGCCUCUGAGGUCGAUCAUGAAGAGGGGCGGAGCUCGCAAGGACCCCGCGGCUGCCUCGGGCGUCCACAGGAAGAGCCUCAAGUUCAUGGACGCCAACGGAGGUCCCCUCCCCUUCCUGUCUAGUCCCCUCCUCUUCCUGUCGAGUCCCCGCCCCUCUUUCUAG